GAAGCAACGUUGGCAAUAUAUAACGCUGAUUUACAAGGUUUGCAGUUAGUCUGGUUCGGCUCUCCGCCCUCUUGUGAGCCUGCGCGUCCAUUGCAAUGACCGCUGGAGGCGCAGCAGCAGCAGCAGAGCUGCCGCUGUGCCCAGUAUGCUGCGAGACCCUUGGGCGCUGGGGUGGUCCUGCGACGCUUCCUUGCGGGCAUAACGGUUGCUUGGAUUGUUUUCAACUGGUGCAGCAAAGGAAUGCUCAGUGCCCGCUCUGCCGGGCCAACUUUGGGAAAGAGCUGAAGCUCUCAUGCAACCAUGAACUUGAGGAUCUCAUCCGCCUAGCCACCAUGCUUUUCGUGGAUGAGUCAGCCCAGCGCGACGGCUGGGAGGCCUUCCCCUCGCAGCAGCUAGCGACGGACAGCUACGCCGUGGAGCUCAUGCGGGGACACAAGAAGGCAGCAGCGGCUGCAGUGGCAGCUACUGCCGCCGCCCGGCCCGCCGCUCAACGCAUCAACGCUGGCGGCGGCGGCGGUCCAACGGCGGCGCAGUCCUCAGCUGGCGGCAGCGGCGGUGGCUUUGGGCUGAGCUUGGGUCGCAGUGUGCUAGGGCUAGGGCUGGGCGGCUUGGGCUUUGGCGGAGGUGGCGGCGACGGCGGCGGUAACCCCAAUGCGCUGGAGGAUUUGCACGACAUCAUGACGGCGGAUCCGCUGGCGGCGGCGGCGUCGCACCAGCGGCGGCGAAGCGACGGCGACGGAUUUGCCGGCGUCGACGGCGAGGGCGACAUGUUCACCUCGCCCUCGGCCCCGGCAUGGUUUGACGCCGACGGCGGCCAUCCCAGCGCCAACCCUUACAGCCAGCAGCACCAGCACCAGCAGCAGCUUUCCCACCCGCGCCAACAGGCGCAUGCGACGUCAAACCCCGCAUGGGAUCCCCUUGGAGGUGGCGGCAGCAGCAGCAACGGCAUGCUGGCGGCGUCCAUGAUGACGUCACCAGGCGGCGGCAGCGGCAGCGGCUGCACGCUGCUUUCCCUGGAGCCCCCGCUGUGGCUGCCUGACAGCCAUGCCACCGAGUGCCUGAGCUGCCACCUGCCCUUCCGCCCCUUCACGCGGCUGAGGCACCACUGCCGGCUGUGCGGCAAGAUCUUCUGCCAUGCGUGCUGCCACAAGAAGGCGCUGCUGCCGCCCAAGUAUGGUGUCAGGACGCCCCAGCGCGUUUGCGAGCUCUGCAGUUGCGCCCUCGCGUCGCACCAGCAGCUGCUGGCCGGCACGCUGGCGGCCGCCGCACAGCCGCCGGUGCAGGACUGCCCCGAUGCCAUCAGCCUCCGCGCCUGGCUGAACAGCCCCUGGACGGGCAGUCUGGGUCAUGAGGUGUUCAAGGCGGCAAACAUGCUGGCCACCAUGGUCAAGGCCGUGCAGUUCCAAGCGGAGGCGGGGUUGCCCACCGCGGCCCUGCAGGGCGCGGAGGCGCUGGCGCUGCUGACGGUGGCGCGAGUGGGGGCGGGCUGGUCGCUGUCGUUCGGAACAGGUCUGGUGGUCGCCCGCACCCCCUCGGGCGGCUGGUCCGCCCCCUGCGCCAUCUCCGCCGCCGGAAUGGGCUGGGGGCUGCAGCUCGGAGGCGAGCUAGCAGACGUGCUGCUGGUUCUUCGCAGCCGGGAGGCCCUUGGGGGGCUGUGCGGCGGGCUGGGGGCGGGAGUGGUGGUGGGCGGGUCGGCGUCGCUGGCUUUUGGACCCAUGGGUCGGCAUGCGGAUGCUUCCCUGGUGGUGAAUCUGAGCAGUACGGCGGCGGCGUACGGCUACAGCUGCAGCAAGGGGGCGUUCGUGGGGCUGAGUGUGGAGAGCUCGCUGCUGUGCGUGAGGAGCCAGGUGAACCACGACUUCUACGGCUACCCGGUCACCCCCCGGCAGCUGCUGCUGGAGGAUACGGUGCCGCCGCCGCCCGCAGCGGCCAUGCUGUACGAGGGAAUCAAGGCGCUGCUCAACCGCUUCGAGUGCCGUCGCCGCCUGGUGCACACCCGGAGCACCCCCGUGGUGGGCGGCAGCUACAACCGCCAACCGCAGCAACUCAACCACCACCAGCAACACCAGCAGCAGCAACAGAACUACCAGCACUCGCACCAGCAUCCCAUGCAAUCGCCUUCACAGCACCAGCAGCAGCAGCACCAGCAGCACCAGCAUCUCUCACUUGUCCGCCCCGCACCAAUGAGCCCUUUCGCCGCCUCCUGCACCGCCGCCGCUGCUGCUGUCCCCGCUGCCUCGGCAGCUCCAACAGCAGCCGCUCCUCCUUCUCCUUCUCCUGCUGCUGCCACUGCUACGGUACCGGCUGAGGAGAAGCCGGAUCCGCGGCUCUGGGAGGAGGACGUGGAGCGGUCCUGGGGGGCUCUCUCGCUGCUCGGCUCUUCCACUGCUUCCUCCGCUGCCACGUCCGCCUUCGGGCCCGCCGCUGCUGCUGCCGAGGCCGCUGCUGCAGCAGCAGCCAAGACGCCUGCAUGCAGGGCCGAGGGCGGCGGGGGUGCGGGGCGGCUGGGGUCGCUGGUGCCCAAGCUGUUGCCUGAGUUUCAUGGCGCGCGGGCUGUUGCGUUGGUGGAGUAGGAGGAAACCGACGUGGAGGCUUGGACCGUUGCGGAGCAGGCGUGGAGGAAUAGAGAGAACGCAUGGGGCAGUUGCGGGCAGAUUGUUGGAGGCACAGGGCGCUUGCUUCCUGUCGAGGAGUACAUGGCUGUCGGCGUUUGAAUGGUUACCUGUUCGGUUUCGAUUCGUGGAAUGUAUACUAGGUUGUGCUGUUCGACGCAGGAAACUGAGAGUUGGGGCGAAUGUACAUUAUCGCGUACUUUGUACGGCUUAGGAGAGUGCCGUACUGCCUUAUGCCAUGCCGGAGUUUUGUCCUGCCUGUGCGCUGUUUUGUUUGCCUGUAAGUUGACAAUUGAAGACUCGUUGCUUUAAGCCCGCUCGUUAUAUACUCGUGCUUUGGUAGCCUCGCUUCCAUUGUCGUGGGUGGAAAUGAAUUGGCGAGAUGAAUGGAGUGGUGGUUUCCUUGUCAGUUUAGCGUAGCACCGAUUUUUAUCGAGAGGCUAAGAUCUCAAAUGUGGUUUCGCUUUGCGACUAGGCAAAUUACGGCAUACGCAUUGUACCAUAGCGCAUUACAUAACCUUGAGGUGGGUUCGAAUGAGAUCCGAGAUGUACCAUUAUCCCCGUUGUAUCAUGUUGUUUUUUCCUGGGGAGUAGUAGCUCUGCGGCUUCCGUUGUACCUUGUACGCUUACGAGAGUGUCCCCCGGGGCAGCAGUUGUACGGCGGUCCUUAAAAACAGCCUUUGCCGGACAACGGCCUUUGUAUCAUGAAUGCGCUUAUGCCAAGGCGUAACUGAUAGCUAGGAUAAGCUGUUCGGUCUUUGUAGUCCUAUUCCGUUAGCCUCUGAAAGCCGCUGCAUGCUGCUUUUGGAUUAGCUUAAAUGCGCCUUCUGGGCUUCGGGCAGCCCUUGUGCUUGUGGCCUGUCGCGUUGUGGACAGGGUUUACACCCAAAUAUGUCCCGUUCCAUGUGUGGUUUCCGUCCCUUACUCUUAUGUACCCAGUAUGCGGGUUUGUUUGCACACAUGGGCUCUGGAACUGUCGGCGUGGGGAAGGAGGAGUUUGCCAUGCGGCAUGGGGAGGGGCCUGUGUGAUGCGGAACUUGCGGAACUUGUCGUACAAUCCCCAAUGGUGGCUGUUGUGGCCCAUCAAAGGCAAGAUGUAACCACAAGGGAGCUGGGCACCUGAACUCAUGGGCCCAUGCUAGCCCAUGCUUGGAGGGGUUGGUAAACCACAGGAAGAUGCGGCUUCGUUCUAGUAUCUUUUGGGAGAUGCUUUUACUCAUGGUUUGCAAGAUGCUUUUUUACUCAUGGUUUGCAAGACUCCCCUCGGCUCCGGAGCAGCUUGGCCCACGGGCAGUACAAUGGCGUCGCUGCACCUUAACCAAACUGGAGUACUUCGGGCAUGAUGAGGUCGACACGACUGCUUCCGAGGCCGCCGGGUUUCUUAUGUUGCCGUUUGCCGGCCUGUCACUUGAGGCUCGGCAGCGCUUUACGCACGUGCAGAUUGCAGAAGACCCCGCACUGCCCGAUCCUGAAGCGGCAAUUGCGCUUCUCGUACAAAAGCUGCCAGGAUUGAGGGUGCUGGAGCUGCAGCACAUUCGCUCCAUGCAAAACAAGCGCUUGCAGCAGCUGACCAUGUACGACGCCCUCGCACUGCUGCCUCACCUCGAGCAGCUGGUACUGCCCACCUGUCGUGCUCUCAAGCAGGCAGGGGCGCUGGCUGCUUGCAGCAGUCUCAGUCACCUAACAGUGUUGGACCUAGACAUGGAGGAGCAUCCUUUCACCGCUCACCGCCAAGUACGCUGCUUCAUUAGCGCAGCUGGAAUCGCUGCAGGACCUCUUGUUCCGGACAUGCGACAUGAGGGACCGCCGCGAUGCCCAAGACCCA